CUCUAUACAUCCUAGUCACUCUCACACUAGUUCGGUACUCUCUUCAUCGUACACUUCAUUCUGCUUCUACAUUCUUCCAAUCUUGUUUUUAUCGAAAUCCCAGAUCAAAAAAAUGCAGUACAAGAAUCUGGGUAGAUCGGGCCUGAAGGUUUCACAACUUUCAUAUGGCGCCUGGGUGACUUUCGGCAAUCAGCUUGAUGUCAAGGAGGCUAAAUCCAUCCUCCAGUGUUGCAGGGAUAACGGUGUUAACUUCUUUGACAACGCCGAGGUUUAUGCUAAUGGCCGGGCCGAGGAGAUCAUGGGUCAGGCUAUCAAGGAACUGGGAUGGAAGCGAUCGGACCUCGUCAUCUCUACCAAGAUUUUCUGGGGUGGACAGGGCCCGAAUGACAAGGGCCUAUCGAGGAAACAUAUCAUAGAAGGGACGAAGAAUUCGUUGAAGAGGCUUGAUAUGGAGUAUGUUGAUGUGCUGUAUUGUCACAGGCCCGAUAUAAUGACUCCCAUCGAGGAGACUGUGAGGGCUAUGAAUUAUGUGAUUGAUAAGGGCUGGGCUUACUAUUGGGGAACUAGCGAGUGGUCGGCUCAGCAGAUCACGGAGGCUUGGGCAGUGGCGGAGAGGCUGGAUCUCGUGGGCCCCAUUGUUGAGCAGCCUGAAUACAAUCUCUUAUCCAGGCACAAGGUUGAGUUGGAGUAUCUCCCUUUGUACAAUAACUAUGGUAUUGGUCUUACAACAUGGAGUCCACUUGCAUCUGGCGUUCUGACCGGAAAGUAUAACUCGGGAAAUAUUCCACCUGAUAGUAGGUUUGCCUUGGAAAACUAUAAGAAUCUAGCUAGCCGAUCAUUGAUAGAUGACGUGCUAAAGAAAGUGAAUGGGUUGAAACCAAUUGCAGAAGAACUUGGCGUGCCUUUAUCUCAACUUGCUAUCGCGUGGUGUGCUUCAAAUCCCAAUGUCUCCUCUGUUAUUACUGGUGCCACCAAAGAGUCUCAGAUUCAAGAAAACAUGAAGGCUAUUAAUGUCAUUCCACUGCUUACACCUGCGGUGCUGGAGAAGAUCGAGGCUGUUGUUCAGAGCAAACCCAAGCGUCCCGAUUCAUAUAGGUAGAUAUAAUUUGGAACCAAUCUAUUGGCGUCGCGCCCUACCAAUUAUCAUUUUCCAUUGUGUGCAAAAGAGUUUUCGUAUUUUGGUUUUUAUCGAACACAUGUAUUGUUAAAAACUAGUUUUCGUUUUCUGAAUUGGUAUUUUGGCCGUUCAUUUACAUUUUUCAUGGUGACUGGAUUUCUUUUGGAGGUUAUUAUGGCAUUUGAAGUUAAUUUUGCUUAA